UGUAUUGGAAACCACUGUAUAACGGUCUCUGUGAGUCUCUACCAACGUGUUGGUAGGAUGUGAUCUGGUGGAUGGGAACAAGCAGAUUAAAUCCUCCUGGAAUUUAAGACUCAUAUUUUUUGUUUCAAUAGUGGAAAGCUGUAAUGCUAAUAGUAAUGGAAAGCAUUAGAAUUUAUGUAUUUGUUUUCAUCUGGGAAGCUUUUUAAUAGACAAUCAGUGAUGUGUAACGGUAAGCUAAGCACACCAUGCAGUUGUAUAGGUCAGUAAACACGUCCCACAGGCGUCAUGCAGUAAGACGUCGCCAUAACCAGCAGCAUGUCUGAUAUAUUUGGUGGACAUCAUUCACAGGCUCUGGAAUAACACUCGAAGCCAGCAUUUAAUGUCAGAUCAAUGACUGAAACUACCAUUGCUUUAUACAGCCAAGAAAGCACAGGAGCCCGUGUGCGCAGUACAUGCGCGUGGCGCGGAAAGCAAGUGUCCACGUUCGUCCGAUCGUGUGCUGAGUCAGGAGACACCAACUCGUUUUUUCCUCCAUAUUCGCUUCACUUUCCUCUAUAUCCUUAUCUCAUUGACCCAUGAGCUUUGACGUUGCGCUCAACUGACGUCUGUUUUCAGGGAUCAGACCGUGCCAUGCGUCCCGAGAAGCGGAUCCCCGCUUUGUCGUGGAGUCUGAAGUUGUUUCCAUUGUAGCGCAGGAUCCAGUUGAUCAUUUCUGGCGUGAUCUCUCUGUGUUUACGGUCGCGCUCUUCACCGGACCAUUGCGCACCCGACGCGCGCGUUUCAUGAAUGAACGAGGCUGUUUUUCGGUUCGCUGAGGGAUUAUACCGUGUCCGACCUUCAUUGCGGAAAAACCUUGUCGGGGACUGAUGUGAAAGCCCGCCGCUAAAGAACGUGCUCCUCGUGCCUUGAUCCUGUUGUGAUCAUGUCUAUACACAUAGUGGCCCUGGGUAGCGAGUGCCCUGGGGGCGUUGGGCCUGGGGAGGAGACUGCCGGCCCUGGGCAGAUCCAAGGUGGGCUGCUGUGGAGUUACCUUGGCCAUGGAGCUCGGGAAUUGGAUCCAAACUCUUUGACGCCAUCUAGGCAUCCUCUUAACCCUGCGUUUAUGGAGUACCAGUCUAGAGUGUUUGGGGACGUUCGAGUUAUGGUGCGAGAUUGCACAAGCUGGGACCUUUUGGACAGUGACUGGGCGAAUGUGCGAAGUGUUCUGGAGCAGGCCGACAUCGUGGUCAUUAAGUACUCUGUGAAUGAUAAACUGGCCUUUCAGCAGCUCCGAAAUGGAUAUGCACAUAGGCUCCGCCCACUUUUUCGCCAUUGGGGCGUGCCUGUGAUUCUGGUAGCAGUGGGGGCGAGGCUAAACGAUGAAGGUCCGCCGUGCACAUGUCCUCUCUGUGCAUCAGAUUGGAGCAGCUGUGUACCUCACAGUGAAGGUCUUCAGCUCUCCAGGGACCUAGGAGCCACUUACCUGGAGCUGCCCUCCCUAAAUAAUUUCUUUGUUGGGCGAUACUUUGGCAGUGUGCUGGAAUACUUCAUGAUUCAAUGCCUGAAGCAGAAAGCUAAAGAACGGCCGGACAAACGCCGGGGUCAAAGAUUUACCGAGCCCCGUCCCCCUCAUUUGGACCAGCCAGCACGUCUUCCACCGGUGAGAGUCGAAGAGUCCAGCUUUUCUCAGGACCUGCAGUGGCUGCUGGAGCGCGGCGUUCAGUUUGCCGAUGUGGCGUUCUAUGGCGGGGAUGCUGGGAAAGAGCUGGGAUGGGCACACGCGUCCGUGCUGUGUGCCGUCAGUCCUUACUUCAAACAGUUGCUGGUGGGACGACAAGCCUGGGAAAGGCCAGUGUCACGUUGCACCUGUAGGGAAAGAGACGGCCCUCACUCGCUCUUGUCCACGUGGGAUGGAGGUAUAGAUGAUCUACCCAGAGUGGAUGGCCAUCCUACCGGACACCUAUCCCGACUUGUUGUGAAGGACCAGCUGUUGUGUUUAUGCCUGUGGGAGACAUUAAUGUUUCUUUACCGAGGGGCCUGGGAAUGGGAAUACCUGGAGGAAGCCAUUGCUGAAAAAUUAAAGAACCCUUUGGCUGUGGCCCAGCUGAUGGACCGAAUACGCUCAUUCGUCGGGAGAGAAAAGGCCCCCAGGGACACACCCACAGCCCGCUCUCAACCGGGUCCUCUAACACUGGGCAGCCUCUUUAAUUCCCCUCUGUACUCUGAUGUUAUCUUCAUGGUGCAAGGCAAUGUACUGCCAGCACACAGAGCCGUGCUUGUGGCCCGGUGUGAUGUCAUGGCUGCCAUGUUCAGCGGGAAGUACGCGGAGGCACGGAGUCGUGUGGUGCCCAUCCAUGGAGUCUCGUCAGACACCUUCCUAGCGUUCCUGGAGUACCUUUACACUGAUACCUGCUGUCCAGCCAGUGUGUUGCAAGCCAUGGCCGUGCUCGUCUGCGCAGAGAUGUAUCAGGUGAAGCGUCUGCAGCACUUGUGUGAGGUGUGCGUCUGCGCGUAUCUUCAGAGCAUGCCCAGUCGAGAGCUGGCAUCUACGGGUAUCAGUGUGAUACGCUUACUGAAAAAAGCAAAGUGUCACAAUGCUGAUCAACUAUACGUCUGGCUCCUCCAUUUCAUUGCCAAUAACUACCUGAUCUUCAGCCACAAGCCAGACUUUCUUGAAUUAUCAGAUGAGGAGCGUGAGCAGGUGGAGCGACUGCGCUGGCCUUCCAGAGGAUACCUGCAGGAGCUCAGCGAGUACCAGCAACGCAGACGACAGGUCCGCAAGUCGCGCUGCAACAUCAUGUGACCCAUUCUUGACCCCCUGUCGACAAGAAGCGGGGGUGAAAAUAACGAAAGAACAGAGACUGGACUCCAAAUUGCAAUCAGGAUGAAAGAGACCCCCGUUUGACCUACGCGUCGAUGUUGGGGAAUUUGGAUGUACUUUAUUUACUUGAACUUUGACCUCUGACCCUGUGACAUAAAUGAAUUCCCAGCGGACUGUGAGAAUCCCGUGUAUGGGAAUAUGAUGUCAUGUAGGUCCCAAUGACACUAUGGCUAUGGCAAAAACUGACAUGCAUUACGGUAAAUACUGUAUCUGUAUCAUCUAUAUGACCACGGCCAAACAAUAAUACCUGGUUGGGCCGAAAACGUUUGGUGCAAUGAACUUUUCAACAACGAUUAACCCCAGUGUUAAACAGGGUAGGGUCAACCUUAUACUCUCCAUUGAUAUAAUACUCUCAUGGUAUUUCAUGGUGAGAUAAUUUCUUUCUGAUCAGUGGUUACUCUUGCAAUAUAUCUCGAAUAACAUUUUGAAUAUUUAUUUUUUCCCAUGAGAUUAUAAUUUGAAUAUUAUGCAGCUAUUUUUGUAACACAUGUACAUCUGAGAUUUUUAUUUCAAGAAAAAACGUACAAUGUACGCAUCGAGCAUGUGGAUCGCCUCGUAGUACACUUGGUCUGGUCAACGUAGAGCCAAUGCCGGCUGUCUUUAGUCUAGUUCAGUUAUGUUGACUCUCAUAUCAGGCUGAAUAAAGACAUUUUAGAAG